AUGAGUGCAACACCUGUGGAGGUAUUCCCACGCCUCUCACUUGGAGUCAUUUCUGCUCUGGGCUCUAGGAUGCUUUUUCGGGAGACGGAAGGGUCCUCUUGCCUCAAGAAUUGCAGAAAGAAAAGAAGGGCAGGACCCCAGGUGUUAGGCAUGCCUAGUCUUCUGCCAUCAGCUGCUCACAUCUAUCUGGGUUUUGUGAUGGCAGACCACUGCUGCGUGUUCGUUGUCACUACUGAAGGCAUCACCAUGCUUUUCUCUCUUAUUCACAUUCUAAGAAGCCAACCAAAACAAAAAGGUCUGAGCCCUCUCCUGGGCUUGAAACGCUGCCAUCAGGAGCUUCACAGCUCCCUGUAUAACCUGAAGACAAUGAAUGCUGAUGAGGGUCAAGAUAUGUCCCAAGUUUCAGGUGAGAACAUUCCAAGCCUACCAGGCCUCCCUUCUUAUAUGCCCCAGAAACUAAAUCACAGGGACUCAGACUUCUAUGUCUCCUCAGGGAAGGAAAGUCCUCAAGCAAGUGAUAACCCAGAUGAUGGUGAUGAGCCCAUGCCUGUCCCUGAAGACCUCUCGACCACAUCUGGAGGACAGCAGAACUCCAAGAGUGAUCGAGGAAUAGCCAGUAAUGUUAAAAUAGAGACUCAGAGUGAUGAAGAGAAUGAGCGUGCCUGUGAAAUGAAUGGGGAAGAAUGUGCUGAGGAUUUACGAAUGCUUGAUGCUUCAGGAGAGAAAAUGAAUGGCGCCCACAGUGGCCAAGGCAGCAAAGCUUUGUCAGGAGCUGGAGGCAUCCGACUUCCUAACGGCAAACUAAAGUGUGAUAUCUGUGGGAUCAUUUGCAUCGGUCCCAAUGUGCUCAUGGUCCACAAAAGAAGCCAUACUGGAGAAAGGCCCUUCCAGUGCAAUCAGUGCGGGGCCUCUUUCACCCAGAAAGGCAACCUGCUCCGACACAUCAAAUUACACUCUGGGGAGAAGCCUUUCAAGUGCCACCUCUGCAACUAUGCGUGUCGCAGGAGAGAUGCUCUCACGGGCCACUUGAGGACACACUCUGUUGGGAAACCUCACAAAUGUGGAUAUUGUGGCCGAAGCUAUAAGCAACGAAGCUCUUUAGAGGAACAUAAAGAGCGCUGCCACAACUACAUGCAAAGCAGGGGCUAUCCAGGCACGCCAUACUCAGUCACUAAAGAAGAAACUAAUCACAGUGAAGACUUGUGCAAGAUGGGAUCAGAGAGGUCCUUUGUGCUGGACAAAAUAGCAAGUAGCGUCACCAAACGUAAGAGCUCUAUGCCUCAGAAAUUUGUUGGGGACAAGUGCCUGCUAGACAUGCCCUACGAUGGUAGUGCCAGCUAUGAGAAGGAGAAUGAGCUCAUGCAGACCCAUGUGAUGGACCAGGCCAUCAACAAUGCCAUAAGCUACUUGGGAGCAGAGUCCCUGCGUCCACUGGUACAGACGCCCCCAGGAAGCUCCGAAGUGGUCCCUGUUAUCAAUCCAAUAUAUCAACUCCACAAGUCCCACCCAGAGGGUCCUCCACGUAGCAAUCACUCAACCCAGGACAGCGCUGUGGAAAAUCUGCUGCUUCUGUCCAAAACCAAGUCGGUGUCUUCUGAAAGAGAAGCCUCCCCCAGCAACAGCUGCCAAGACUCAACGGACACUGAGAGUAACAACGAGGAGCAGCGAAGUGGCCUCAUCUACCUGACCAACCACAUCAACCCUCAUUCCCGCAAUGGCCUGUCCAUCAAGGAGGAGCACCAGGCUUAUGAGAUGCUGAGGGCAGCCACUGAAGGCUCUCAAGAUACCUUGCGGGUGAUAGGCAUGAGCGGGGAGCAGAUGAAGGUGUACAAGUGCGAACACUGCCGGGUACUUUUCCUGGACCAUGUCAUGUAUACCAUCCACAUGGGCAGCCAUGGUUUCCGAGAUCCCUUUGAAUGCAACCUGUGUGGCUAUCACAGCCAAGACAGGUAUGAAUUUUCUUCCCACAUCACCCGUGGGGAGCAUCACUUGCACAUGAGCUAA